AUUUAAAAAUUACUGUUUGCUGCACACGCAUUAUAUAAUACUCGCCCAAUACAAAAAAUAUAGGCGUGAAGCUGAGCUCAACCACAAAACAGCACUGUUUAUUUUUAUUUUUCUCUUUUGUAAAUUCAACUUUUCAAAAUUAUUUUUAUUUUUUAUACUUUAUAAUUUGAAUUCAUCAAUGGCAAUAUUUGGAAAGCGAAAACCAAAACUCCAGACCGCUAUAAGUACGUUUAUCUGCCUUGUUAUCUGGCUCCCUACUCUGUGUGCUCUUGCACACGGACAUGGGAAUAAGAUACGACGUGCCCACGCAGUUGCAGUUACUAUUUACUCAAAUGGCUCUAACUUUCAACUCCUUGUUUGCACUCUCUGGCUUGUUUACUUUUUCCAUUGCUGUAUCUGUAGGCGAUGCUGUAGUUGAUGAGAGAGCGUAUGGAAAGAUGUAUGAUAUCUUUUUGAAGCAGCCUGACGCGGCCUCCGAAGUGUUCGAGUUUGUUAUGCACGUUGUCAUGAACAAGCCACCAAAGGAGCAGACCAAACUUCGCGAUCGGCUGAUUUCCCGCAGCAACAACACGCUUGGCGUGGAAGAUAACAGAGACGCCGACAUCGUGAAGACAUUGGGGUACCUGUCCACUUUGCAUGGUAUUGUUUGGACGUUCCCCCGCGAUAUGGCCACUGUGCUGCAGGAUCCAGAGACCAACAUUCGGAUUAUGCGGGUUAUUUCGUCGAUUUACCUUCCGUUGGUCAUUCGGGAGACUUUGCUGUGCAUGGUUUCUAAUUGGUGUAUCUUGUAUAACGAGCACUUGGGCACGCGCAGGAACCUUGAGAGUGUUGUGGAUUCAGUGAAAGCCAAGUAUGGUAUACGGCCUAAUGGAACGAUGCUGCCGGACCCACCAUACACGCGUGGGCAGCCGAAUUGGCCGUACCCGACAACGGGUAACCAAUUAGCACGGAUAAACGAGCAGCAAUACCAACAGCCGCAGCAUCAGCAAUUAUUCGCGAGUACACCUGUUAUGCCACCACGCCAACAGCAACAACUGAAUCUAAAUCCGCAGUACGCCAACAGCUUUGGUCGGCAUGUUGAAAUUGAUCCCGUGUUUGCUUCACAACAGAAUGAGAUUUCAAAAUCGCAAUCAUUCAGCUCACAUCACGCCCCCAACUAUUGCAGGUCGCCCCUGUCCGUCCCGAAAUUGCCACUGCCAUUGACCCCAACUGACACCGCUGAGAGUAAAAAUUUGGCACCCGAGUUUGUCGCCCAUAUGAACGCGUCUGCCAAUGAGUUUAAGUCCAUCUGCGACAUGCUUACCGAAACCCUGAUCUCGCUCGAUGUUGCAGAGGAUCCGGGCACAAACAGCGUAGUUCAGGAUAUGAUCGCCGAAAUCAAGCAGCGCAAAACAUCGCUAUUCAACUUCAUGGACAUCCUGACACCAGACAAAGACAUGAUGCUAGCCAAGCUCAAAAACACAGUGGCCAAUACCGACCGCUGUCUGUGGUUGUACGACAAGUCAGUCAAUGCGCACAGCGUGUGGAAGACGACCGUCCAGGAGAAACACAAUGCACCGGUAGUCGAGGAGACACAACAGCGUGUCUUAGAAGGGACAGUACGCAGUGCGGGGUCGGUCAAUUCGUUCUUGAACUAUUCGGGCGAUUGCCAGCCAGGGUCGUCGAAGACAAGGGCCAAGCUGAUCGCCGCCGCCUUUAGCGAUUCCUCUGCACCGGCAGGCACAGUUUCAGCACCUAGCUUUAGCAAGAGUAACAGCAGCAGUAGUGUAGUUUUGGCCGAGAGUUUGCCGAACAAAGUGGCUCCAUCGCGGACAUUGCCUGCGAUAGAGCGCAUGUCGAGUAAAGCUAGGGGAAAGAUGGCCGAGGAUCCGCUUCAGAGCACUGAGACUGGUGCAGAAUGGGAUUACUACAACGCCAAUGACAGCGCGUAUGGAGGAAGCGCUGAAAACCACACUAAUAGUUACUAGACCACCUAUCCCGCCCAAAACCGUAUGUUACCAGAAUUUUGCCUCCUUUCACACACUCCUUUUUUCGUUUCUUCUUGCACUCCACCAUAUUUACUUCUCUAUAUUUUCCUUUUUAAUACACAUUGCGCC